AUGAGCACCGCAGUAUCCCCUACGACGACCGGACAGCAGCCGCGGGCGGCUGAAGGUGUGGAAGUGGGAAAAUUUGUUGGACGAUGGCGGAUUGAGCGGACGAUUGGACAAGGGACGUAUGGGAAAGUGCGAUUGGCGGUGGAUCCUGUCACUGCAGAGAAGGUGGCCGUCAAGGUAAUCGACAAAUCCCAAGUUCAAUCCAGCAAGCAGAUCGCACGUCUGCAACGGGAGAUCCGCUUCCUCCGCCUCCUGCAUCAUCCGCACAUUGUCAAAGUCUACGAUGUCAACGAGACGGAGCAGUUCAUCCAUAUUAUCAUGGAGUAUGCGCCCGGUGGCGAGCUGUUCGAUUACAUAGUGGCGCAUAAGAGGGUGAAAGAGCGCGAGGCUAGGAGCUUCUUCAGACAGGUUCUGAGCGCUGUGGAUUACUGCCAUAAGAAUGCAGUGAUACAUCGAGAUUUGAAGCCAGAAAACUUGCUGUUGGAUGAAAGCAAAACGAUUAAGAUCAUCGAUUUUGGAUUCGGCAACAAUUUCACGGUGGAGGGGCUUUUGGACACGUUCUGCGGGUCACCGUUUUACGCCGCGCCUGAGAUGAUCAUGGGCAAAAAGUACGAGGGACCAGAAGUCGACAUGUGGAGUCUAGGUGUUAUCCUAUUUGCUCUGCUAUGUGGGCAUCUGCCCUUCGACGACGACAACAUGAAAGAGUUAUACCGGAAGAUAGCCACCGGAACAUAUACGUGUCCGGACUAUUUGAUGACAAACGCACGGCACCUCAUCCGCCGCCUCAUUCACGUUCACCCAAAGGAGCGUGCCACGCUUGAAGAAGUGUUAGCGCAUCCAUGGGUGAAC